AUGGACUCUGUCGGCCAGGUCAGGAAGGACUCGCCACUCCAGGCAGUCGAACUCGGCACGUUUUUCAUGAAACCACCAUUGAAAGGCGAGCUAGGACACGAGAUGGAAAAGCUAGACCAAAUGUUCUGGAUCGACCAACAGAAGUUGAAAGACAUCAGCAGACAGUUCGAGGUGGAACUAGAUCGAGGUGUCAAGGAGAACAAUCAGAAUAUCGAAGUCAAGACAGGCACCGCGGAUCAGCUCUGGAACGAAGUAGCCGACCGAAUGCAAACCUUCAUUCGGGAUCAGAAACUCGACGAAACAGCUACUCAGCCUCUACCGCUUGGCUUCACCUUCUCCUACCCGGCCAUGCAAGAUUUCAUUGACCACGGCGUGCUACAAACCUGGACGAAAGGCUGGGACGUCAAAGGUGUCGAAGGCAAGGACGUGACAGUGCAACUCCGUAAAGCAAUGGACAAGAGGAAGCUUCCUGUCAAGCUUGUCGCGUUGAUCAACGAUACGACAGGUGCGAUGAUCGCUUCUGCAUACCACGAUCCUGAGACUAUCGUUGGCGCUAUCUUCGGAACAGGCUGCAACGCUGCGUACAUGGAGGACAGCGAUUCAAUCCCCAAGAUCGCAGGACGACUACCAGCAGCCUGUCCGGUCGCCAUCAACUGCGAAUACGGAGCCUUCGAUAAUAGCCAUACCGUACUCCCAAUGACGAAAUACGACCACAUCAUUGACAAAGAAUCGCCUCGACCAGGCGAGCAAGCGUUUGAGAAGAUGAGUGCAGGCCUCUACCUCGGCGAGAUCUUCCGCCUCGUUCUCGUCGAUCUUGCAGAACGAAACCUGAUCUUCAAAGAACAGGACAUCUCAAGAUUGGACAAGUCAUACAUCCUCGACACCGGUUUCCUCUGCGCGAUCGAAGACGAUCAGUCCGUUGGCCUCGCAAACACAGCUACAUCUUUCGAAGCCCUCACAGGAAUCAGACUAGACGACCAAGAACGACAGCUUUGUCACCACUUGGCAGAAGUCAUCGCUAUUCGCGGAGCACGCCUUUGUGCUUGCGGUAUCGCAGCCAUUUGCAGCAANAAGAAUAUCAAACACGGCCAUGUUGCAGCCGAUGGUUCGGUCGCAAACAAGCAUCCCAAGUUCAAGCGACGAUGGGCCGAUGCGUUGGCUGAAAUCUUGGAUUGGCCAGAGGGAAGGGUCGAGGAUCCGAUUGUGUUGACUCCUGCGGAGGAUGGUUCUGGUAUUGGUGCUGCGGUUAUCGUUGCCAUGACUCUGGAGAGAGCGAGGAAGGGCGAGAAUGCUGGGGUCAAGGAAGCUGCUGAUAUAUAA